AUGCUGACCACUUUCCUCGAGCGUUUAGGCUUUUCGUAUUAUGCGAGUGCUACAACUCUUAGCCCUCAAUUUUAUCUCACCUUGCUCGAUCGUUGCUGGAGGCGAUCAGGAAAGCUCCUAUACCGCCCCAAUCAGCGAGCAUCUUGCUGCCCUCAUUACACCAUCCGUCUAGAUUCGGACCAAUUUUAUCCAACUAGAAGCCAGCGCCAAACCAUUAAUCGCUUCAACAAAUAUGUCCUUGGUGAGAAUUACACUAAGCAAGCUGCUCGCCUGUAUCCAAGAUCACGCGAAGAGACCAAAAAGCGUGAUAAUGAGUUUUGCCUAACAGAGCGCAUUCAUGAGGCUGAGCUGAGUCGAGUCAAGACACCACCCGAGCCAGCUCAUAAGUGGGUUGUUACCCUUGAAGAGGACACUUUUACCGAAGAAAAGUACCUCGUCUAUGAUAAUUAUCAGAGAGUCGUCCACGGAGAUGCGCCGGGUGAAAGGACUCGGCACUCCUUUGAACGCUUCCUCUGCAAUUCACCUGUGCAGCGUCAGGUCAUGGUUGGAUCUGAUGGACGAAAGCGCCGCCUAGGUUCUUACCAUCAAUGCUAUCGCCUAGACGGUGUCCUAGUGGCUAUUGGUGUACUUGAUCUGUUGCCACACUGCGUCAGCUCUGUUUAUUUCCUUUACCACGAAAGUGUUCAUGCAUUUGCCCCUGGAAAACUGGGUGCACUUUAUGAAAUAGCUCUCGCCGUUGAAGAGGGUUACCGAUGGUGGUACCCUGGAUUCUACAUCCACAGUUGCCCCAAAAUGAAAUAUAAGAUUGACUACGGCCCUCAGUACAUCCUUGACCCGGAUACCCUGGACUGGAGGUUUCUUGAUAAAACCAUUCUGGAUAUUCUUGGCAGGGACACCUAUAUCAGUUUCUCCACAGCCUUGGGAGAAGAUAAUUCUGAUACAUCCAAGGUACAUUCUACAGUUUCCACAGAUACUUCCUCUGGCGAAGCUCCCGAGGUGUCAAUGUCUUUGGAUGAGAGCCCAGAAAGCACGGAGGAUGCGAACUCUGACGAAGAGGUCGACGAGGUUUAUGACUCGCUGUUCCGAUCUAAAAUGCCAGGCAUCCCAUCCGUUGCCUCCAUGGAAAGUUUGGAUCUGGACCACAUUAUUCUCAGAAUCUUUCCUACAGGACCGCUGUUUGAGACAUCGGACCUAGUUGGCUGGAGGCAGAGCAAUAUCAGAGAGCCAUCUGGCAUCAGGCACAGCAUUGCACAACUGAUUGCAGCAUUGGGGCCUGAUUUGAUGGAUGACAUAUGCCUGGAUCUAGUGCGCCGGCAAGCUUAG